AUGGCAAAAUCACACAUCCUUUUAUGUCUGCUCGCCCUGGUGUUUUCUCAAUCCGACCUAGAUAUAAUCCAGCAAGAAAUCGAGGAAUCCAAAAAACUACUGUCCCUUCUCAAUCAAAAAAUCCAGCAUCUAAGCCAACUUCGUGAAGAUUUGCUGAAAAAUGAAGUCGAAUUGCCAGUAAUCUUUUAUUUAGCUUUGAGAUAUACAUAAAAUGGCGGACGGCGACCGACCCACCCUCUCAGUGGUGGUUACCCAUGUAUAUCCGGAUGGGUUUUUGGAGCCAGAGUUAGUCCAACAACGUCUGGGACCUCGAAGCGAGAGGUCUAAGCGCAAAAGCCGCUGUUUUUGUGACCAGACCCAUGGGCAGUUACUCGUGACUUCUUUUUGCCAGCUGCGCUCAGCCCAGCGAGUGCCCGAAAUGAGGCGGGCGACUUACCUGCCUAAGUUGCUUUUGUGGCUCGCCCCGAAUGGCGAAAGCUGUUGAGUUCUUUCUCGGGAUGACCGGAAAAGAGGGGAAGGCGAGUUAGACAACUAAACGGGGGUCUCUCCAGUUUAAAAGGUGCCCUUCAAUAUGCAGAUCUGGCGGACGACGCGGCAGUGUUGGCGUAAACUUAGGCGACGAUCCAAGUUGGAAAUGGAGGCGAUCAGCAAAGCCGGUAUGAGACGGCCAUUGACAUUGCCUCUACCGAGAACCGGGGGCUUCGACCCGGGCUUGGUGAACGCUCUGCCACCAUACGGGAAACCGUAGAAUGCUUCCUCGGACGUAGUGGGGACCUUAAAUACCUAGCGUUAAUCUAAUCUAAUCUAUUUAGCUUGGAGACUCAUGAAGGCAUCUUCCUCAGCUGUCUGAAGACUACACCCAAGAAGAAAAUAUAGAAAAUCGGUUUAUUUUGAAAGGAGCUAAUAGCGUCCCAGGGAAAAUUCAGGCUGCAGAUAUCAUGAUUUUGAAGCCUUUUGAGCAGAAUAAAGAGUCAUAUAGCUUCAUUAAUACAGUAAUUGUUGUAUGCUUGAAUGAUGGGACGCUUAAUAUUUAUGACUUAGCAGGAGAACUUCUUUAUAGAUACCAAACAGGUCAUAAGCAUUUAUUUUGUGCAGCUACCCAAAAUACUGAUGAAAUGCUGAUAGCGACUAUUGAUAAAACAGAAAUAAAGGUUCACCAAAUAGAAAUACACUUAGAAGCAAAUUCAACAAUAACAGCAACAGAUCAGGAAUUUGGAUUAAAAUGCAGUAAAGCUAAAUUUACUGUAUCUUUGCUUUCUAGUGGUAUUUUAUUUAACGGCACAAAUCCAGAACCAACUGCAUUUUCUCAUUAUUCUAGACUAGGCAAAAAAUAUUGGAUUGUUGGAGACAGUGAUGGAUUUAUAAAUGUUUACCAUUAUAAUGGAGAAAUUUAUAGCCGCGGGUCAACAGGAUUAUCUACAAUAAAAACUUUAGAUAGAUCAGGCCAACAGCUAGCUUACGCAGGCGAUAAAACUCUUGGGAUUUACAACUUAGGCUCUAUGGAGCCUCACAUAAUCUGUGACCCAGGAAUUUACAAUAUAACUGACAUUGCUAUAGAUUUCACCUCCUCAAUAGUCCAUGCCGCCUUUGAAAAUGGUGAAAUUUUUACUUAUGAUACCAGAUUUACCACAAAUAAUGUUCCCACACAUUGCAAAGCUAUUGCAAGACUAGUAAAUAAGCAUGGCGGAAUUGACACAAAACUUGUCAGUAUAAAAGGAUCAUUAUUAGCAUGGGGUGACGGCGUUUUAACAGCCUUUAAUACGUCAUUUCUUGAUGGGAAAUCUUUCCUUCCCCCAGCUUAUUUUUCGCUUAAUCAGCUUCCACAGAAGGAAUCUCCUCUUAUGAAAGGGUUUAAAUUGUCAUUAGGAGGGCAUUAUUUAGCUAUAGCCAGCAGUGACAGAAUUGCGACUUAUGAAAUUAUUGCACCUAAAUAUAAGCCACAAAUAGCCUCUGAAAGCUUUGAUUUUGGGAAUUUAAGGAUCAUUGCAGUUGCCUUACUCCCCCCCCCCUCCGUGAGUGAACAAAACCAUUAGAAAAAUCGCUAUUUUUUGCCCAAAAAACCCAACCUCUAUGAGUGAACAAAAAUUUUUUUUAAUAGAAAAAUUUUUUAUGAAAAAAAGUUUUAAUAUAUAAAUGAUAAUUAGUAUAAUGAAAUAUAGAGCUAAUUCUGUUAUAUUUUAAACAAAUUGCUUUUAAAACAUAAAUUUUUGCAAAUUGAAUUAAUAUUUGCUUUCCAAUUUUUGCGAAUUAGGAUUUUUUUUAAAUUUCGAAAAAAAAUAUUUUUUAUAAAAUUUUAUAUAUAAAUUGUUUUUUAAAAAAAAAAAUUAACCCCCCUCCGUGAGUGAACAAAAUUUUUUUGUUCACUCACGGAGGGGGGGGGAGUUAGCAAUUAUAGGUAUUGUGAUAUGGAAAGCUAAAACUAGAAAAUCAAGGCCACAGCAAGAGGUAGAGAAGCUGGAAAAAGGGCUAGAGGACUUACAAAGGACGAUAAACCAGACUAAUAAGAUGAGUGAAGAUAUGACAAGGAAGCUGAGAGAUGUAGAAGGCGAGGCCAGAAAAACAGUCAGAUUUAAUGAAAAUUUAAGCUAUAAUUAUCCAAGCUCAAGGAUUGUAGAAGAAGAGGGGGAAUAUGAAGAUUAUGAGUAA